UUCUUUCCCCUCUGCAGCAGGCUUUCUCAUCCCUCUGUGUAGGGACACUAGAAGGACAAUUAUUUCCUCAGUGGUGGUGCUUAACUGCUCAAUUCUGGCUUUGUUUCACUGGGCCUGUGGAUUUUUGUUAUUCCCCAUUUCUGCAAAACAAGUUGAACAGGCAAAAUGGACUUCUCCAAGCUACCCAAAAUCCGUGAUGAGGACAGAGAGGCUUUUGUUGGCUAUGUCCAUGGGGUCUCAGGACCUGUGGUCACGGCGUGCAACAUGGCAGGUGCUGCUAUGUAUGAGCUGGUACGAGUAGGCCACAGUGAACUGGUGGGGGAGAUCAUCCGACUGGAAGGUGAUUUGGCAACUGUCCAGGUGUAUGAAGAAACAUCUGGUGUCUCUGUAGGAGAUCCCGUACUCCGUACUGGCAAACCCCUGUCGGUGGAACUAGGUCCUGGCAUUAUGGGAGCCAUUUUUGAUGGUAUCCAGAGGCCCCUCUCAGACAUCAGCACUCUGACCAAAAGUAUCUAUAUCCCUAGAGGUGUCAACGUGUCAGCUUUGAGCCGAGAUAUCAAAUGGGACUUCAUGCCUUCUAAAAAUCUGCGGGUUGGCAGCCACAUCACUGGUGGAGAUAUUUAUGGUGUGGUGAAUGAAAACUCCCUUAUCAAACACAAAAUCAUGCUGCCUCCACGAAACAGGGGUACAGUUACAUACAUUGCUCCGCCAGGAAACUACGAUGCUUCAGAUGUUGUCUUAGAGCUGGAGUUUGAAGGUGUGAAGGAGAAGUUCACUAUGGUCCAGGUCUGGCCUGUACGUCAAGUCCGUCCUGUUACUGAGAAGUUACCAGCCAAUCAUCCUUUAUUAACUGGCCAGCGGGUCCUGGAUGCCCUCUUCCCGUGUGUACAAGGGGGUACAACAGCAAUUCCUGGAGCAUUUGGUUGUGGAAAGACUGUGAUCUCACAGUCUCUCUCAAAAUACUCCAACAGUGAUGUCAUCAUUUAUGUGGGCUGUGGAGAACGAGGAAAUGAAAUGUCUGAAGUACUGAGAGAUUUCCCAGAGUUAACAAUGGAAGUUGAUGGCAAGGUAGAAAGCAUCAUGAAGAGAACAGCUCUGGUAGCAAAUACCUCCAACAUGCCUGUGGCUGCCAGAGAAGCCUCCAUCUAUACUGGAAUCACCCUGUCUGAGUAUUUCCGGGACAUGGGCUACCAUGUCAGUAUGAUGGCAGACUCUACUUCCCGAUGGGCUGAGGCCCUCAGAGAAAUUUCAGGGCGACUGGCUGAAAUGCCAGCUGACAGUGGUUAUCCAGCCUACCUUGGUGCCCGUCUAGCCUCUUUCUAUGAGCGAGCUGGCAGGGUGAAGUGUCUGGGAAACCCUGAAAGGGAAGGCAGUGUCAGCAUCGUUGGAGCUGUCUCUCCCCCGGGUGGUGACUUCUCUGAUCCUGUCACAUCUGCUACACUGGGCAUUGUUCAGGUUUUCUGGGGCCUGGAUAAGAAGCUGGCACAACGCAAGCACUUCCCCUCUGUCAACUGGCUGAUCAGUUACAGCAAAUACACGCGUGCCCUGGACGAGUACUACGACAAGCAUUUUACAGAGUUUGUCCCUCUCAGGACAAAGGCCAAAGAGAUUCUACAGGAGGAAGAAGACCUUGCAGAGAUUGUGCAGCUUGUGGGGAAGGCUUCCUUGGCAGAAACAGACAAAAUUACCUUGGAGGUUGCCAAGCUGAUAAAAGAUGACUUCUUGCAACAGAAUGGUUAUACGCCUUAUGACAGGUUCUGCCCUUUCUAUAAAACAGUGGGAAUGCUUUCCAAUAUGAUUGCAUUUUAUGACAUGGCACGCCGUGCUGUAGAAACCACAGCCCAAAGUGACAACAAGAUCACGUGGUCCAUCAUCCGAGAGAACAUGAGCGAGAUCCUCUACAGACUGACCUCCAUGAAGUUCAAGGACCCUGUCAAAGAUGGUGAAACAAAAAUCAAGGCGGACUAUGCUCAGCUGUUUGAGGAUAUGCAGAAUGCGUUUCGCAGUCUGGAAGACUAGACUCGACCUCUGUGACCACUCCAGUUUGUCCUUUCAAUUCCUCAUCUCAACUCCUCAGCUUCCCUACCUUACAAGAAUGAUGCAACAGUACUUGAGUUGAUAAAUAGCCCCAUGUUUUCCCUGUUCAUACUCAGAGAGUGUCCUUACAAAACAUUCCUCUUAGUCUGUGUUUGGCAUUGCUUUGUGUGCCUGCAAUGGUGAGUGAUGUGUGAGUGGGCCUGGAUGAGUGAGGAAAUGCUGUUGUACGCUUCUAGGGUGGGAAAAAUUUCACUUUGCCUCUCCCGGCUCUCAUGGUAACCGGUCUUUCACCUCGGGAUGUAACCAGAGCCAGCUGAGCUGUAGUGGCAGAGGAGGUGUCGAUCUUAAUGCAGUCUCACGGUAUGUUGAGCUGGCAAUGUUAAGGGCAUUUACACCUGGCGCUUUGCUAAGUGACUAUCGUGAUGUAGAACUCCCUAUUCUCAAACAGCAUUUAUGACUGUAUUCUGAUGACAUGUUGAUACAACCAAAAAUUCUUCACUGCUCUGUCACUUCUGCAACCCUCACCUGAGUCUGUUGGUACUGAAAUGUGGUAGGUCUGGAUCUCUUCAAGAAGGGACUAACUAGAAGGUGAGCACGUACAAGCAGCCAGAAUACUUUUGCAUGCUGGAGAAACAGAAUUUUAUUUUCCUACUUAAUAUGGAUAGGACUGUUGGGAGUUGGCAUCAGCUAAAAUCAAAGCCAUAGGUGCUCAGCUUCCAGCAGAAUUUUUACCUUCUUGCCUCCCACUCACCCUGUAAAAUUUCACGACCCUCAGAUGCUUUAGUCUGCGAAGCUGCAUGACAUAGAGAGCGAGGUACGGUGACGCCACCAUCACAGAGUCCUUCCUCAGUGGUGCUCUGUCUGCCAGCACAGUUGCCUCCCAGGUCACGCUAAGGAAAGGCAAGCGGGCGCUUCGCCUUCCUCCUCCACCUGUGCUCACACAGUGACACAGAAGGUCCCCAGUUCUCGAGCGAGAAGACUGUAGGAUGCUAAACUGGGGGCGGGGGAUGAACAGGGGGAAGGCCAAGUAUGGGAUGGAUUUCCUCCUGCCUCCUUGAUUAUGAUGCAAGAGAAACCAGUGACUGGUCUGUUCUGCACUCUGUCAAAAAGCCGAGACUGCUGUGUCUGGGGCUUCCUUAUUGGCAAAAUUAGUAUGAGGUGAGGAACGAGCCACAGAGCAACCUUUUCUGUCAAACCCCCGGGAGUGCAGUGCUCAGGUCAUAGAGAAAUGCUGGCAUCCCCUCCAGUCCGUUCCCCCUCGCUUGCAUCAGGUGGCGUCCAACGCUGUGUGUUGGGCAGCAGCUGACAUCUGUCUGCUGCUUUGUCAUGGCGGUAAAGGUGAAACAGCAGCAGUGUGGCCAGCUGAGCGUUCCUCCUGCACUGCAACACUCCCACGGGCUGCCAGCUUCCAGCAGUGGCCACGCAAAGGGAUCUCCCGCUAUGGACCAAAUGCUGCCACUUCCCUUAUGGUAUCGACUAUUUGUCGGGGAGAAGCUUUAAGGGAUUGAUUCUUUAUGGUUCUCCUGAAAGGAGCUACUCCUCCAGCUGAUAUUCUGGUAGUGAAUGGUUAAGUUUACAGCUCACUAAACUUCUGGUGUGUGCUGCUUAUUUUACCAAUGAGCAUGUGUGAAGUAGUCACCAUCCCAGCCCUUGCCAGAUUCCUCAUUGUUUGUACCCACCACUGUCCUCUGUGGCAUUUCAUGCUAGAAACCAGAUGUUCUUAUCUCUUUAAAUGGAGGAUGUUAUAAACUUCACAGAAAAUGUUUAAGAUAAUGCAGUUCUAAUAUUUAUUGUGCUGUACCUGGCCCUGAAGUGUGACCAGUUCAAACAGUUUCAUAUAUACUUUUGUCUUUUUUUUUUUUUUUUUUUUGGUUUGUGUCUGUUUUCAGUGUUGAAAUUCUGAUGUUCACUGUGUCCUGUAAGUCUUCCCUCCACAGCUGUGGGAGGAAUUAAAAGAUGGGCAGAACCCCACCACCUACUUUAUCUUGUAUAUUUCAUAAUGUAUGUUGCUGGAAAUUGUGUAAAAAAGAAAAAUUUAAAAACUGUUGAAGUCAAUGAAAAUAAAACUGGUUUAAAGUA